AUGAGUAACGAGAUACAUAACAAGAAAGCCAGGAUAAGGAAAGACUAUCCAUAUCACCUGGAAUACCGUACAAGAUGGUCCGAUAACGAUAUGUAUUCACAUCUAAACAACAGUAUAUACGCGUUCCUUUUCGAUUCCAUCAUAAAUUCAUACCUGAUAUCCCACUGCGGUCUCAACCCAUUCACCACCGACUCAUUACAGAUAACAACCGCUGCUGAAUCAACGCAGGUCGGCCUUGUGGUUUCAUCGUAUUGUGACUAUUUUGCCUCCGUUGCCUUUCCAGAUGUGCUCGACCUAGGCCUCCGCGUGGUUAAGUUAGGUAAAUCCAGCGUAACGUACGAGGUUGGAGUGUUUAGACAGGGCGAGGAAGCUGUCAAAGUCGUUGGUGGAUUUACACAUGUAUUUGUACGGAAACAAGAUAUGAAGCCUACUUCAGCUGGCAUGGAGGCAACUAUUCGAAAGGGGCUGGAGAGAUUAGUACUUGAAAGAAGAAGUGAGACUUCCAAGUUGUAG